AUGAAACUUCUAGUCCUUAUUUUCCUUCUCUCGAUCACACAAGUUAUGGCGUGGCCCAAGCGAGUGAGAGAAGAGUGUCCUGAGACCGAAUGGUAUGAUUUUUGCUUCAACGGCUGUGAGCCGACAUGCUACAAUCCUGAACCUAAGUGCUCAAAGUUGUGUGGAUGGGGUGGCUGCACCUGUAGGGGAGGAUACGUCCGCGAGGAUGAAGGAGAAUGUAUAUUGGACUCUGAGUGUCGCUAG